AUUUUAACAUCGAUUUAUUGUAGUGAGUGUUGCUAUUAUCAUUCUCUAUAUUAAUCGUUUUAACUUACAAUCUUGUUUGCUGUGAAGAAAUGUUAAUGUUACGGAGCCGAAACGUGGACACUGACGGUACGGCUGGUCCACAAGUUUAAAGUCGCUCAGCGGGCUAUGGAAAGAGCUCUAUGCUUGGCAUUUCUCUGAGGGAUCGCAUCAGAAAUGAGGUGUCGUCGUUCUGCCGCGACGUCUGCGUCAAACUGCAGGCCUGCCCGUGCCUCUUCGGCCCCGACGAGCACAGCGACCACUGCCCUAAUGACUGCCAGCGGGUUGACAAGUCCACCUUCCAUCAAUACACGGAACGCCGAGGCAGACCAAAAGGCAGCGUCAACGGCAGGAGGAAAAAGAAAAAGGCCGCUCCAGAGAAGAAGGAAAAGGAGCAACAGCCGUCGCAAGAGACGGAGAGCAACAAGGACGUGGAGUCCGUGGAGAGCGAGCACAGCGCCGGCUCCGCGCCGCCCUCCUCGCCCGGCACGCGGCGAGUUUGA